AUGGUCCGUCUCUCUCUGGGUAACCGAAAGUUGUGACACACCGUCCUCCGUCAGUCGUUCCACGGUGCCGCUGCCAGGCAGACAAGCGGAGAAGAGAUUUCUUAGUUGGCACCACCAACACGCACCGCUCUCCAUUUAAUUCCACAUUUCAAGCAACGAUAAACCAAGUAGAGGCCCAACACACUGUGUGCACGUUUUGGCUUCAGCGAUGUCGGGCGCCUACGAUGACUCCAUGAUUGAUGUCUCCAGUGAUAGCUUCUGGGAGAUUGGGAAUUACAAGCGAACAGUAAAGCGUAUAGAUGAUGGCAAUCGUCUCUGUAAUGAUCUGAUGACCUGUCUUCAUGAACGGGCUCGGAUUGAAAAGGCUUACGCGCAGCAGCUCACAGAAUGGGGAAAGCGCUGGCGGCAACUUAUAGACAAAGGUCCUCAGUAUGGCUCGUUAGAGCUUGCGUGGUCGGCUCUGUGCACAGAGGCAGAGAAGGUCAGCGAGCUCCAUGUGGACAUGAAAUCUGCAUUAAUGGGCGAAGAUUAUGAGAAGUUGAAGAAUUGGCAGAAAGACUCGUAUCACAAGCAGAUGAUUGGUGGCUUCAAAGAAACGAAAGAGGCAGAGGACGGCUUCCGCAAGGCCCAGAAACCAUGGGCCAAGAAACUGAAAGAGGUGGAGACCAUGAAGAAGGCCUACCACUCAGCAUGUAAAGAAGAAAAACUGGCAGCCAGCAGGGAAACGAACAGCAAACUAGAGAGCAACAACAACCCUGAAACUCAAAAGAAACUCCAGGAAAAAGUGGAGAAAUGUCAGCAGGAGGUGCAGAAGGCUAAAGAACGCUACGAGAAAACCUUGGAAGAGCUCAACAAGUUGACCCCUCAGUACAUGGAGAACAUGGAGCAGGUGUUUGAGCAAUCCCAGCAGUUUGAGGACAAACGGAUCCGCUUUUUCAAAGAGGUGCUGCUGGAGGUUAAGCAGCACCUGGACCUCUCAACCAAUCCAAGCUUCCAGACAAUCUACCACACACUGGAGGACACGGUCUCUGCUACAGAUGCUGACGAAGACCUGAAAUGGUUCCGGUCCAAUCACGGGCCUGGCAUGCCAAUGAACUGGCCCACGUUUGAGAAAUUGAAGGUGUCACAUCCUCGCUCCUUUAAGAGAAGGUCCACCAUAGAAUGGUCUACAGACCUGAACCGAACCCUCAGCAGAAGAGAGAAGAAGAAACCAUCCGAAGGCGUCACGCUGACAGGAAUCAGUCAGACAGGCUCGGAGCAUCCUGUUCAGCCCACAAAGACCAGUAACAGCCUGACUGUGCCCACUAUAACAGCACCAGUGAACACAAACCCUUUUGAGGACGACGAGGACGAGGACGAGGAGACGGCUGAGGAGAAGCAGGAGGCCUUAGAAAACCACGUCACUGAGAAUAAACAGGAAAUUAAAACUGCGAGCAGUACAGAGAAGACUCCAGACUGGUCGGACGAAGACCCGGUUGGUAACCCUUUUUCUGCUAACGGCGAUGGUAAUCCGUUUGAGGACGAGCCGGAGUCUCCGGUCGUUUCUGUUCCUGUCAGAGCUCUUUACGACUACGAAGGACAGGAGCAGGAUGAGCUCAGCUUCAAAGCAGGUGACGAACUCACCAAAAUUGGCGAAGAGGACGAUCAGGGUUGGUGCAAAGGUCGACUGAAGGAUGGAAAAACGGGUCUUUAUCCUGCUAAUUACGUAGAAGCCAUCCAGUAACGAACGCUUCCCGAUGAUUAUAAUGUGAAGAGGAAAGGGUGGCAGAAACAAGAGAAACGGCGGGCUCUCUCUGUAAAGACUGGAUUAGAGCGAAGAAUAACAGAGAAAAGGUUUUUUUAAGGACCACGCGUUGAAUCUGACAGAUGUUGUAAACAAAACUGCAGAAGUGGGACAACAACCAAGAAGAUCAGAGAACCGGUGUUGUCGGUAUAAAAAUGUUACUUUAAAUCAUUUAUGCUGUUACAGAAAAUGCUAUUCAGUUAUCGAUUAGAUGAGAUUCAAUCAGAUGUAUGUGUGAGAGAACAUGUUAAACACUGGGAUGACAACCUGCCUAGCAACGCCUAAUGCAGCCCUAAUAUUUUUAAUUCAUUAAGGAAGAUUAAUGUUUUAUUAUAAGGGUUAACUGUUAACAAUAUAAAGAUCCAGUCCGUCAAUGUUUAGUACUCAUUUUUAAUAUGAAUAGCCCUUAUGUAAGGUUUUUUUCAUAGUUUUGAUUUUUUUCAUAAUUGCUUCUUUUUAAUUUUUAUUUUUUGAAGAAAAAAACCCGAUGAAUCGAUCCUUUUCAAUAAUUAUUUCUAAAGUCAGUGCACAUGAAUGUAUAUUUAAUGAUUGUAUUUUCAGCUAUUGAUUGUUCACUUUUUACUGAUAUUUGCAACCACUGACUGUGCUGGAGGUUUUCCAUCCGUUCUAAUUUCUGCAGAUCGUGGGUAUUUUAUGGUUUAUUUUUCCUGCAGCACUGAAUGUUUCUUUGUUUAACUCAGUUGAGUUAUCAAGUUGUAGCUCAGUCACUUCUGGCCAGAUGUCGUGUGGUGAAAAAAAGUGUUGUUCUGAAAAUAAAGCAUCCAUUUUUUUAGGCAAGCAUUCACAUUAAACAAGUUAAGCAUUGCAUUUAAAACCAUUACGUUUGAACAUGAUUUUUGUUAAUUUAUAAAGCCACAAGUGCUUUUGUUAGUUUGCUGUGAUUUAGAAAACAUUUGUACAUUAACAGAAUUUUUAAAUUACAAUUAUUUCUUGAGGCAGUUAUGUAUUGUCAUAUUUGUAAAUAUGAUCAUUUUUCUUCCUUCACAAACGGCAAAUGACAUUUAUUUAGCUAAUAUGUGAAUAGUUCUUUAUUCUCUCCUAAAACAAUCCCCCCCCCCCCCCCCACACACACACACACACCUUAAUACACAUUUAGAUCCUUUUUGUCUUCAAAUAACUUGUAGUCUUCUCAAACUACUUACCUGAUGUAUUCAGUUAGCCAAUGGCUUGUUUUUCUUUUUGUAACAUUACAAUGAGAUUUUUUCAGGGCAUGUUGCUGUCAGUAGGCAGUUACAGCUACACUUGCACAUUAAAUGUUUGUAAAUGUUGUCUCAUAACACAAUAAAUGAGUUUAUUCAUCA